AUGACGCCACCGUCAAAGGACGUGGAGAAAGGCGAAGGCUUCAACAAACCGGUCACGGUGAAGUCGCCUCAUAUUAUCAUAAGGAUACUGAAUCAACUGAGUGCAUUGAUGGGGAGAAAGAAUGAACAUUUCGAAAUCAACGUAACACAAGCUUCUGGAGAAGUGCUGGAUGCUUAUGGGGUAGGUUUUUCGGAUUUUGAGUUGAAUUUUUAGCUUUGUUGAGGGGUGAGGCUGUCCUUCAUUUAACGUCAAAAAAUUGAUAAGGUAGGGACGCUUACAGUAGGGUAAGAUAGGGAAGAGCAGGGCAAGACCGAAAAUGACAGGACUGGGCAGAGAGCCGGGUCUAACAGAACAGGGAAAGACAAAACUAGGCAAGGCAGGGUACUGUAGGGAAGAGUAGACAAUAAAAAUUCACCCUGCUCAACAUGUUUUGACCAUAUAAACCACGUUUAACUCAAAGUCACCAAAAUUAUGUUUUAUUUUCAGAAUCCUCGCUACCCAGCCGUCUACCAACAAUCAGCUACCCGAAAACUAGCUUUUGGUGGACUACCUACAACUUCUUUUGCCACAAUUCAAGACGAAAAGAAGGCGAAAAACCUUGGUGAAUUCUACAACAACUCAACGUUAACAUUGAUAGCCAAGAUCUUUUCAGUUUGUGUCAUUUUAUGCGCAUUAGCCAUGCUUAUUCGAGAAGCUUUUUACAAUUCAUAA